AUGAAGUCGCAAACUAUUGAUCUGCCUUCCUCAAUGGAGUCACAACACGGCAUUUCGGAAGGAGGGAAUGGAGAACAUCCUCCUUAUGCAUUGGCUGGAAUUGAGAAUGAGAAGAAGGGUGAGCCUGAGCGGCAGGAUGCGUUUGGUGAUGAGGAAUUCGCCGAGGUCAAGUAUAAAGUAUUAAAAUGGUGGCAAUGCGGUCUACUCAUGGUAGCCGAGACAAUUUCAUUGGGCAUAUUGUCGCUUCCAGCAGCGAUUUCCGGCCUCGGUGUUGCUCCAGGUAUCAUCAUUUUGAUUGGACUGGGAAUCGUGGCUUCCUACACUGGAUAUAUUUUGGGACAGUUCAAAUUGAGGCAUCCUCACGUCUCCAGUAUUGCUGAUGCCGGUGAAGUUAUCCUGGGUCCAUUUGGAAGAGAGAUCUUCUUUACUGGACAUAUGCUUUAUCUUGUCUUUAUCAUGUCCAGUCACAUAUUGACAUUCACCGUGGCCAUGAACACCAUUACCGAGCAUGGCACCUGUUCUUUGGUCUUUGGAGUGGUUGGAACAGUCAUUUCCUUCUUUUUUGCGCUUCCAAGAACAAUGAAGAACAUGACAUGGUUCUCUCUCGCAUCUUUUAUCAGUAUAUUGACUGCUGUUAUCUUGACAAUGAUUGUACUCGGUGUUCAAAAUACGGCUGCCACUUUCAGCGUGACGAAAACUGCCACCUUGGCCAAUGCCGUAAUUUCGGUCUGCAACAUCGUUUUUGCGUACGCGAGCCACAACACCUUUUUCAACAUGAUGGCCGAGUUAGAGGACCCAAGAGAGUUUCCCAAAGCAUUGGCUUUACUCCAGGCUGUCAAUAUUUCGCUUUAUACGAUCAUCGCCCUGGUAGUUUAUCGCUAUGCUGGAGACAGUGUUGCAUCACCCGCAUUGGGAUCAACAGGUCCCCUCAUUUCAAAGAUUGCCUAUGGAAUCGCGUUACCAACGGUAAUUACCGAUCGAGACUCCAUCGCCCGGAUGCAUGUGAUUUGUACUGAUAAUUCUCGACAGAUUGUGAUUGCCGGUGUUAUAUAUGGCCAUGUUGCAGUGAAGACCAUUUACAUCCGAAUUUUCGCAGGAACAGAACGCAUGCAUAAGAGGGACUUCAUAGCGGUCGGUGUAUGGGUUGGAAUGGGACUAGCUGUUUGGAUUUCCGCGUGGAUCAUUGCAUCAGCGAUUCCGGUUUUCAAUAAUCUGCUUGGCCUCAUGAGUGCCUUAUUUGCAAGCUGGUUCAGCUUCGGAGUCCCAGCUAUUCUUUGGCUACAUAUGAACAGCGGAUUAUGGCUAUCAUCGCCUCGAAAAGUGGCUUUGACCGGAAUAAAUUUCUUUAUUAUCUGCAUUUCUAUGACUCUGUGUGGACUUGGCGUAUACGCAUCAGGAAAAGCCAUACACGACAGUUCUGCGAGCGGCAGCUUUUCCUGCGCGAAUAACGCAUAG